UUUCUCGGCCCGAGUCACAAAAAGGGCGGCCGGCGUUUCUAUAGCGACGGGAGGAGGGCGUGGUCCUCGGCCGGCGCGAUCCGGGGCAGGAGCCAGCGCCCCGCAGCGGCCGCCGGGCAGUCUGCGCCAGCCCGAUGCAGCUUUUCCCACCUCCUGUCGGCGCCCGAGCCAAGACUAACAUGGAUGCUAAAAAACCAAGGAACUAUAGUUUGACAACCUUCCCAAUUUUGAAAGCAAGAAAGAAACAGAAUCUCCACCCUGGGAAGGUUGAGAGUAAGCCUUUGGUUCAAGCCCAGAAGCCAUCUUCCAAGCUCAAGAACCUCAGAAUGACUCAAUUCUUGCCUAAGAAUCCAAACACCAGCAUUACUGCACUCCCUUUUGUGGAUACCAAGGGGAAGAAGAACAUGGUUAACCUCCCACACAUCAGCAACAAAAUCUUGCUAAAGCCACCCCUGCUGUAUCAGGAGAAUCAAAGUCACAAUCAGAUACCAGCCUCUGAACUCAAGGCUUCAGAAAUGCCUUUCCAUUCAAGCAGUAAAACCGAAGAUCCCAAGCCAGAGGAGAAACCACCAAAAAGGCACAAGGUGCCUCUGACAGCGGCAGAGGCCCUAAGGUUUUUUAAGAACCAGCUAUCUUCAUAUGAGCAAAGUGAAAUCCUGGGCUACACGGAGCUAUGGUUCCUGGGGCUUGAAGCAGAGAAGCUCCACGUGACUCCUGAGAAGUUCAGUAAAACAAGUUUCGAUGAUGAACACGGCUCCUAUCUGAAGGUCCUGCAUGAUCACAUUGCCUACCGCUAUGAGGUUUUGGAGAUGAUCGGGAGAGGGUCCUUUGGACAGGUGGCCAAGUGCUUGGAUCACAAAAACAAUGAGUUGGUGGCCUUGAAAAUCAUCAGGAACAAGAAGAGAUUUCACCAUCAGGCGCUGGUGGAGCUGAAGAUCCUGGAAGCUCUCAGAAGGAAGGACAAAGACAACACCCACAAUGUGGUGCACAUGAAGGACUUUUUCUAUUUUCGCAAUCAUCUCUGCAUCACCUUUGAACUCCUGGGAAUCAACUUAUAUGAGUUGAUGAAGAAUAAUAGCUUUCAAGGCUUCAGUCUGUCAAUAGUUCGGCGCUUCACCCUCUCUGUUUUGAAGUGUUUGCAAAUGCUUUAUGUAGAGAAAAUCAUUCACUGUGAUCUCAAGCCCGAGAAUAUAGUGUUAUACCAAAAGGGCCAAGUCUCUGUUAAAGUCAUUGACUUUGGAUCAAGCUGUUAUGAACACCAGAAAGUAUACACCUACAUCCAAAGCCGGUUCUAUAGAUCCCCAGAGGUGAUUCUGGGCCAUCCCUACAACAUGGCCAUUGAUAUGUGGAGCCUGGGCUGCAUCAUGGCCGAGUUGUACACAGGCUACCCUCUGUUCCCCGGGGAGAAUGAAGUGGAGCAGCUGGCCUGCAUCAUGGAGGUGCUGGGCCUGCCACCAACCCACUUCAUUCAGACGGCCUCCAGGAGACAGACAUUCUUUGAUUCCAAAGGUUUUCCUAAAAAUAUGACCAACAACAGGGGGAAAAAAAGAUACCCGGAUUCGAAGGAUCUCACGAUGGUGCUGAAAACCUGCGACACCAGCUUCCUGGACUUUCUCAGAAGGUGUUUGGUAUGGGAACCUUCUCUUCGCAUGACCCCUGACCAGGCCCUCAAACAUGCUUGGAUUCAUGAGCCACGGAAUCUCAAACCACGGUCCAGACCCCAGACCCUGAGGAAAGCCAGUCUCUGUCUCCCCUCUGAGGCUCGGAAGUCCAAGGUUCAGGGGCAUCAUCAUUUGGACAUAAAAGAGGUGAUCAUCAAAGCAGCGACCAUAGACAAAAUAAAAGGUGGCACCACUAAACAGGUUCAGAAUUCAGGUGAUCAGCAGGGCUCUCUACAGCAUGCAGCUGAUGUUGUCCAGCUGCCUCAACUAACAGAAGCUUCUGGAAAGCCAGAGGCAGUUGUUGGAACAGAAGACUCCAAGACCUCCCCAGGAAAACAAAGUAAAAACUCCUCACCCAAGAACAUGAAUAUUUUACCACCUAUUGUAUGACCUUUGCUGAAAGUGUGUCCUGUUCCUUUCCACCAAUGAUUUGUAUUAGAGACAGCACUUAUAGUGUACAAUAUUUCAGAUUGUUGUUUUUUAAUGCAUAAAGGUUUGUUUAAAAAAAACUUUAUUCACAUGGCCAGUUAGCAUGA